GAUAGACCUUCAACUGCCAUAUAAUUAAUGUAAUGAUAGCACAAAAUCGUUACUUAAAUUCAAUCUAUUUGAGCUUCAUAAAAUACCAUAAACAAAAAGGACAUGACAUAUUUUUAUAAUUUUUGCUACGAUAUUCAUUUCAUUACCAAUACUUAAAGUCAACAGCCUGUGUUAGUAGAUAUUUGUGUUGAAUUUUAUACUUUUAAAUGUUUAUUUUAUAACAAAAAUUCAUUGAUAAAAAUACAAGAAAAUAAUGGAACUAUUUAAGUUCUUAAUUGUGAUUUUCAUUGAAGGUUUUAUAAGGAAUGUGAUGUCUAUUUACAAUCCACUGUUAACCUAUUCGUUACGAUUUAAAAAAAUGAGUGCACUUGACAACAUCACUGGAAAUUUCUCAAUCGACCAAUACCAAGAUAAUCAAUACAUAAAUGGAUAUAUAACUAUCAAUUCAAAAUUAUUAAUCGACAAAGUUAUCGGAAUUUUCUAUCGUUGUGAUGCUGAUGGCAUUAACUGUGAAUACUUUCAAACGUGGACAUUAACAGAUAUCUGUCCUAAACUGAAGGAUAAGAACCAAAUAUGGUCCCGUUGGUACGGUUCGUUUGAUCCACCUAUGGUUUGUCCAAUAGAUAAAGUACAUUAUCGAUUGAUAAAUGGAACAUAUGAUAUUGACCAAGGGGUUCGGUGGUAUUCUGAUAUAGCUAACUAUCAAUGGAAAGUGACUCAAAAAAUGUAUGCUGGUGAUGUAUAUAUCGGUAGUUAUGUGUUCAAAUUGUCAAUAUUCAGUUACAGAAAAAAACUCAAACCAUUGCUUUAACAAUAUUGUAAUGUAUUUAAACAUAAUCAAAUGACAAAUAUUU